AAUAUUAUUACUUCUUUCUUCGUUUUGCUUUUUGAAAAACCGGACACUCUUCAUACCUCACUUCACACACCUUCUCUCCGUCCUGCAUUACUUGACAUUGCUUUGCAGGGAAGUUAGCGUUUUGGAAAGAUGAAGAUCUUGAAGAAAACCAUCAACAUUUUCAGGAAGAAAACCUCUCCUAAAGAGGCUUUAAGGGAGAGCAAGAGGGACAUGGCCACUGCAACGAGAGGAAUUGAGCGUGAGAUUGCCUCUCUUCAACUGGAGGAGAAAAAAUUGGUUGCGGAGAUCAAGAAGACGGCUAAAACUGGAAAUGAGGCUGCCACAAGAAUAUUAGCUCGUCAACUUGUUCGGCUACGCCAACAAAUAACUAAUUUGCAGGGGAGUCGUGCCCAGAUUAGAGGAGUGGCAACUCAUACUCAGGCUCUAUAUGCUAGUACUUCAAUUUCUACUGGUAUGAAAGGUGCAACUAAGGCAAUGGUAGCAAUGAACAAGCAAAUGGAACCAACAAAGCAAGCUAAAGUGAUAAAAGAAUUCCAGAAGCAGUCAGCACAAAUGGACAUGACGAUUGAGAUGAUGUCAGAGUCUAUUGAUGAGACAUUGGACAAAGAUGAGGCUGAAGAGGAGACGGAGGAGCUCACAAACCAGGUUCUUGACGAGAUUGGUGUGGAUAUCGCAUCUCAGUUAUCUUCAGCUCCAAAAGGCCGGAUUGCAUCAAGGAAUGCUCCUAACGUUGUUACAGCUGCUCCUAAAACUACAACUAGGUAUCUACCUCCUUCUAGUUCCGAAUCUACUGAUGUUGAGGAUCUCGAAAAGAGGUUGGCCUCUCUUCGCCGCAUCUGAUCUGGAAUGUUUAGCAUUCAACCCUGUUCAAACCUUCCUUUCCAUGUAAAUUUUCUAAAAUAUAUAAUGGAUUUGAUGAAGUAAGCUGGUCUUGUGUUCCUAUAUAUCUAUUCUAGUCACUGCUGAAGCUACAGAACUCAUUCAAAUCUUUUUUCUUGUUUGUGGAUCUCUUCUGAAAUCAAACAGUUGCUAUGGUCUUGUGGUUAUGGAUUUAUAAUCCUUAUGGAGUUACUAGUAGAAUAUGGUUAUUAGUA